GAAAUACAAUCACACAAUCACUGGACUUUUGACUGAUUGGGAAAAGACCAAUUCACAAUACUCAUAGAUAGUUUGCAAUGCUGUUGCAUUGAAUGAAACCUAAGCAUGGAAUUAUGACUCUAUAACACUGUAACUGGAUCCUGCAAGACACAAGUGUUCUUACAUUUUUACAUUGCGCCAACACUGCAGCUUCAAAACAGUUCGUUUUAGGUACAUAGCUUUGCGUCUGCAACAACUGCGAGCAUUACAUUAACUAUCAACACUUGUAUAAAUUGACAUAACUUAUUCAUAAGUCAGAUCUUGACUAACACUGAGUAACAGUAAUUCUGCUCAAAUUUAUUUUUUACAAACAACUGGUAUAUCACAACCCAUCUGCUAAUAUGUUUUCUCUGUCAAAUCUUGUGGUGCUGGUCCCAGUAGUGUCUCUCUGUGGUUUACUCUACUCUGCUGCAGUAGAUGAGAACUUCCCCCAAGGUUGCACUAGUGCCAGCGGUCUCUGUUUCUACAGCCUGCUACUGCCAGUCACCAUACCCGUCUAUGUCUUCUUCCACCUCUGGAGCUGGAUGGGGAUCAAAUUGUUUAGGCACAACUAGGACACUGACCCUCUUCUGCAACUGUAUAUGAAAUGCAGUGUAACAUGUUAUUUUAUUUUGGUGAGAGCUUAUUUGUUGUUGUGUGGGACGGUUAUAUCGAAUGUGUUUACAUUUGAGAAGCAGGGCCUAGUGGGUUGCUUUGAAACCUGAGUGGUAGUAUGUCAUAUUCAGGUGGCCCUUCAGUUGCCCUGCAUUUUGCUUGUGUGUUGCUAGUGCUAGAGUCUCAACUACCAGGUCUGUACAGCUCAGUCAACUCAUAUCUUGUUCCAAAACAUGUGAAUUAAUAGCAUGAAAAAUAUCAAGGAGUGUGGGAAUUUCAUGAAUAAAGAUCAUGUGAUUGGCG